AACUUCUCAGCCUCUCCAAGCCCAAUUAAAGAAACUCCAAUCAACCACUACUGUCUACUUCCAUUCACUGCUAUUCACACUGUAAAGAAAGCUCCAGACCGUGGAAUAUUCGGUCAUAAUACAACGCCCUCCACUGAAAGUGGUUGAUCAUUUUUUCACGAUUGCCGUGGGGACUCCUCCAGCAGAACACAUCAUGGCUACGGAAACGCCAAACACUGCGCCGCCCCCGGCUGCUACAAGCAUUCCUGACGACAAGAAGACCCAACAACCCCAGAAGAAGGACGAAAAGGCGCAGAAGAAGGAUGCAGCUGCUACGCCUGAGGGAGGAGAGAAGAAGCUUUCUGGGGCUGAGCUGAAGGCAAAGGCAAAGGCUGAGAAGGCAGCAAGAAGAGCAAAGGCCAAGGAGGCGCAACCCGCACCACCUCCCAGCCAGGGAAGCGCCCAGCAGGGCGGAGCAGGAGACGGCAAGGGAGGGAAGGCGAAACCCAGACAGGAUGGUCCCCAGGGAUCUGGUCAAGCUGGCGGUCCAAGGGGCGGUCCGGCGGCCAAGGCCGUGCCGCUCGCUGCUCCUAAGGACAACAAGCCCAAGGUCCCCGAGUGCUUCAGUCACCUGUCUAUCGCUAAGAGGUUACACAUGACGGAAGCCGAUAAGGAUGUCCACCCGGCUGUUUUGGUGUUGGGUCAGCAGAUGGGUGCGUUUGCGAUCAACGACAGCACCACGAGAUUGGAGGCGACUCUGUUGGCGUUCAAGAAGGUGAUCGAUUCCUACACGACGCCCCCGGGCAACACUUUCUCGCGCCACUUCACAUCACACGUCCUGAACCCGCAGAUCGAGUAUCUUUCGGCGUGCCGGCCCAUGUGCUUCUCCAUGGGUAACGCCGUCCGCUGGCUCAAGCUUCAGGUCAGCAAGAUCGACAUCGACCUGCCCGACUUCGAGGCCAAGAAGCUCCUGAGCGAGUCCGUCGACAACUUCAUUCGCGAGCGCAUCACCCUCGCCGACUUCGUCAUCGUCAAGACCGCCGCCGACAGCAUCGAGGACGGCGAGGUCGUGCUGACCUACGCCUACCACCCGCUCGUCGAGCGGGCCCUGCGCCAGGCCCGCGCCGACGGCAAGCGCUUCUCCGUAGUCGUCGUCGACGACCCGUUCGAGAACACGGGCCGCGACCUUGCCAAGCGUCUGCGCGAUCUGCCGGGCCGUGAUGGCGGCCUCGAGGUCGCCUACUGCCCGGACCUGAGCGCUAUGCGCGACCACCUCCGCGAGACAUCGCGCGUGCUGGUCGGUGCCGAGGCCAUGUUCAGCAACGGCGCCAUGUACGCCCGUGCCGGCACGAGCGACAUCGCCAUCGCGGCGGCGGACCAGGGUGUUCGCGUCGUAGCCCUCAGCGAGACCAUCAACUUUACUGAGAGGGUCGCUAUGGACUCGCUGACGUAUAACGAAAUCGACCCGGAGCAGAACACCGAGGAAGGGUUCCGGCUGCUGUUCGACACCACGCGCGACCGUCACAUCUCGGUCGUGAUCACGGAGCUGGGCAUCACAUCGCCUGUGUCCGUGCCGGCGAUUCUCAGGAAGUUGGAGGAGUUGUAACCGGGCGGCUGGAAGGUGGUGCGAGGGCAUGACAAAACUAGAGCAUGAUAUUCGGGAUGGGAGGGAGCGCAUGAUGUCGUUUGCCUCUUGGAGGAUCUGGGGCAUUGGCGAUAAAGACUUUGUCGUUCCCCUUGAGCUCUAGAUAGAUACCAAGUUCACACUGGCUCAGGGAGAGAGAGAGAGAGAGAGAGAGAGAGAGAGAGAGAGAGAGAGUUGCAUCAUAGACUGGCUCUUGACGAAUUCAUCACACCCACGUCUAUGGUUUUUGUUUCUGGCGGCGGCGGCAAACGCUCAAACGCAGGUUGCGCUUGCGCCGGACGUACCCUUUUCAGCUGUCCGCUACUCUUAAAGUCAUCCAUCGUCGACACCGCCAAUGUAUGUAUCCUAUCCGCCGGGUGCGUAUACUGCUGUGCUUGGCCCAGCAGGCGUUGCAUCAUGAGAAGGGCAUCGUAUCCUUCAUGCCCGUCCUGACAAGUCAAUCACCAAGGGAGUUGAUAGCUUUCACGUCGUCAAUUGAACCCAUCUAAAUCUCCUCGCAAACGCAAUUUGUACAUUGGGGGAAUCUGCUCCCUCGCGCCUCGCGGUGGGGUGUUCCCGAUUGGCGAUUCCCCUUGAACAGCCCUCCUCCCCUCGAAGGCGCUGUGCGGCGUGAUCUUUUCCUUUUGUCCUUCUUUCCCUCACGGGACGACCUGGCCUAGGAAUAUCCGAUUCCCACACACCACACACACGUCGUCGUCGUCGUCGUCGUCUUCGUCGCCCUCCUCCUCCCCUCCCUCUCGCUCAAGCUUCCUCUUCAAAGCUAGGCCGUUCGUUUUUCUCUUUUGUGUAUGUGUAUAUCCUCUCCGGCUUCCACUUCGGUUCG